CUCAGAGCUUCCUCUCAAAUAACUGACCUCAACAUUAAGUGGUACCACCUUCAGCUUAUGUUAAGCCAGAGAAAACCUGUGUGUUACUAGAAUCACGUCCAAACACGAGGAAGAACAAACCUCUCCAUCAGAGCUGCAGUGAGAGACGGACCAACACCGGACAGACAACAUUUCAACAACAACACAGCGGAGUCUCUGCUGAACACUGCAGGAGGCCACGAUGACGGCAGAGGACCUUUUGAACGCUCUGGAGGAUCUGAAAGACGAUGAAUUUAAGACCUUCAAAUGGUACCUGCAGCAGCCUGACAUCCUGGAAGGCUACCAAGCCAUCAAAGUGUCCAAACUGGAGAAAGCAGAAAGAUGGGACACAGUGAACGUGAUGGUGAACACCUAUAAACCUGAUGGAGCUCUGAAGAUGACCAAGAAGGUCUUAGAGAAGAUCAACAGGAAUGAUCUGGUGCAGAGUCUGUCAGACACCAGCUCAGGACCACGAGAUAUGGCUGCUGCAAACACUCUGCCAUCUGAGGAUCAGAUCGGAGAGAGGGCAGAGCAACAAGUGUCCACACCAGGAGAAGUUCCCUGUGACGUCUGCACUGGAACCAAACUGAAGGCCCUGAAGUCCUGCCUGGUGUGUCUGGUCUCCUACUGUGAGACUCACCUGGAGCCUCAUCUGACAAUGUCAGGCCUGAAAAGACAUCAGCUGAUCGACCCUGUGGAGAACCUGGAAGACAGGAUGUGUACGAAGCACGAUAAACCUCUGGAGCUGUUCUGUAAGACCGACCAGACAUGUGUCUGCAUGCUCUGCCAUGUUUCAGACCACAAGACACAUCAUGUUGUUCCUCUGAGGGAAGAAUAUAAAAACCAGAAGGCUGAGCUGGGGAAGACAGAGGCUGAACUUCAGCAGAUGAUCCAGAAGAGACAACAGAAGAUUCAGGAGAUCAAACACUCAGUCGACCUCAGUAAAGAAGAUGCAGACAGAGAGAUAGCAGAAGGUGUUCAGGUCUUCACUGCUCUGAAGGAGUCUGUUGAGAGAGGCCUGAAUGAGCUCAUCAAAAUGAUAGAGGUGAAGCAGAGGAGGACACAGAGACUGGCUGAAGCUUUAAUUAAAGAUCUGGAACAGGAAAUCUCUGAGCUGACAAAGAGAAGCACUGAGGUGAAGCAGCUCUCACACUCUGAAGACCACCUCCAUCUUGUCCAGAGGAUCGAGUCCCUGAAAGCCCCUCAUCUUUUGAAGGACUGGACAAAGGUCAGCAUCUGUCCAUCUUCACAUGAGGGGACUGUGGUGAGAGCUGUGUCUCAGCUGGAGGAGACACUUAAUAAAGAGAUCAAGAAGUUGCUUGAAGCUGAGCUGAAGAGGGUCCAGCAGUAUGCAGUGGAUGUGACUCUUGAUCCUGAAACAGCAAAUCCUAAAUUCAUCCUGUCUGAUGACAGGAAACAAGUGAAAUAUGGUAAUGUGAGGAAAAAUCUCCCAGACAACCCAGAGAGAUUUUCUGAUGAUGUCUGUGUCUUGGCAAAACAGAGUUUCUCUUCAGGCAGAUUUUACUUUGAGGUUCAAGUUAAAAAAAAGAGUGAAUGGGCUUUGGGAGUGGCCAGAGAGUCGAUCAACAGGAAGGGAAACAUCACACUGAGCCCUCAGUAUGGUUUCUGGACUAUUUGGUUGAGAAAUGGAAAUGAGUACAAAGCUCUUGCUGGUCCUUCAGUCAGUCUCUCUCUGAAGUCUCAGCCUCAGAAGGUGGGGGUGUUUGUGGAUUAUGAGGAGGGUCUGGUCUCCUUUUAUGACGUAGAUGCUGCAGCUCUUAUCUACUCCUUUACUGGCUGCUCCUUCACUGAGAAACUCUUCCCAUUCUUCUGUCCCUGUCUUUAUGAUGACGGUAAAAACUCUGCACCUCUGAUCAUCUCUCCUGUCAGAGUAAAAUAAUCACUUAUUUCAUGUACUGAUUUAUUUCUUUACUUCAGGGAACAACUGUCCAUAUUUAGUGUGAAUCCUGUAUAGUUUAUAUCUUACUUUCUAAGGAAUCUGUUCACUGUGCUGAUGUACAUGUUUAUUGUUUGUAUCCCAUCACACAGGCAGCAUGUUAAUCUGACACUUUCAUGUCUUCAACUCUGCAUCAUGACACAAACUUUAUGUGGAGAAUAUCUAUUUAAACCUGUGUUAAACCCACAGACAUUUACUCUCACUGACAGAAGAAAUCACUGUUUGUAAAGACGCCAAAUAUGUCAGGCUGCAGUUUGACUCUGAACAAAUUUUUCUUUUUGAUUUUUUUUUUACUUGAUUAUUUUGUCUGGGAAGUGGUUUGAUAAUUACUGGUGACUUUGGACAAGUUUAAUGUGUUGUUGGAUACUGGUGAGAUGGUUUAUGAGUCACAGAAAUCUGUAAAUAUGUGAUUGUUGAAUGAAAUAAACUAGUUGUUGAACACAAGGCCUGAGUAAGCAGUGACUUGAACA